AUGAGCAUCGAGAUAGCGGUGAGAAAGUCCGAGGAUGCAGGUGACAACCCCGGCCUCCUCGAGGCACUGAAGCUGAGCUGGGCGUACACAGUGGCAGAUGUGCGGCGACGACCGCGUAAUAUAGUCAUCGGCAUCGUUGCCGUUAUGCUACUUGUCUUCUUCUCUUGUCUGAUCCUCAUUGGAGUCUGGAAGGCCCCUUAUAUCUUGCUACGCCUGGCGGAGCUGUCGGUGGGUGAGAUGGACAUCAUUCUCCACGGCGGUGGCACGUCGCUCUUGCUCAACUACACAAAGCUAAACCACAGCUUUCUCCAGUCAUCGGUGGUCGCUGCCGCAGCACCGCGCUGGAUCGCUCGCGCCAAUCUGAGCUCUGAGGCGACCUAUCGCGCAAGGACGCACGGUGCCGCUGGCGCACAUGCCGCGGGCCGCACCACAGCCGCCAACAUCCUACUCAUCAACUCCGAGCUGGAGAAGCAGGCUGGCAUUGGACGCGGGUGGAUGUACCGUGAGAUCGGCUUCGACGAAGCCCACAUCUUCUACUCGGCGUCCGAUUACAUUGGCGUCUCCGGCAACAAGGGCCAACGCGUUCAUCUUGACAUCAGCGCAUCGACUCUCAAAAGCAUCUUUGGCGCCGACUCCAUUUCCUACAACAUCACACGCCCCACCACGGUGAAGGACCCACUCUCCUUCUACUUAAUGGCCUUCUUCACGCUCAACAACAUCACAGGAGACUCGGUAUCGGUGUUCGACGUCGCUUCGCUGAGCGCGGUGGCGACCAUGGCGGACGCGGUGGAAUUGAUAGGCGGCAAGUACUCAAGCGCGCUAGGCAACGCCGUCAUCAUGGACUGCCGUCAAUUCCUGAACGUGCUGGUAGAUCAGAGUUGCCUCUUGGGACCGCAGACUCUCAGCCCCUCCACUGGCUAUUACUUUCCAAGUAUAGCGGACCUGUUCAACAUCUCCUUCCCCUUGUUGAACCACUUCAACAUCCAGGACUAUGCAAUGCUGGUGGUGUUGAUACUGGAGGGGCGGUACGAUAUGUACUACACCGACGCGAAGCUGCGCGAGAAAACGCUGACGAUGAAGAGCAACACGGUGAUGAAAAAUGUCGGCCUCGACUUCGACGGCACCAUUCAGUUUCCCGUGAACACGAUGAUCAAGACGCUCGACUUGUUCCGCAAUUUGAUGACCGCUGCCUGCGUAACGGUAGUAGUGAGCAUUGUUGUGCUCGGGUCCAUCCUUAUGUUCACGUUGCUUCAGAUCAACACCGAGGAGCGGCAGUUCGAGCUGGCUAUGAUUCGCGCGCAGGGUAUGCCGCGCAAGCAGAUCAUCUGUAUCCUUGUUAUGCAGACGCUUGCCUUCACCCUGCCUGGCACAGCGGGCGGUAUGUCACUCGCGUAUAUAGCGAACGCGGUUAUUGAGCAUCUUCUGGCGGGCUUCACAAAGGCCCCGGCCCGCUUGGGCGACGUGCCGAUCGUUGUGGUUGUGAUCGGCAUUGUGGUUGGUCUGGUGCUGCCGCUGAUGGCUACCUACGGCCCGGUGAAGGGAGCGCUGAGCAGUAGCCUGCGAGACGCGCUGGACAUCUACAGGCAGACGUACAACGAGGCGCAUGUAAAGGCGAUUCGCCUGGAAGAGAUGGGCCUGAGCAUGUGGCAGAUCUUCCUCGGUGUCUUCCUGGUCUUUGCGGGAUUCCUGGUGUACUACCUGAUGCCGUUGAGCUUUAUAUUCUCCAGCAUGAUGAUGUUCUUCAUCCUGCUUGACUUUGUGCUCAUCUGCACGAUUGCCGGGCUGUGCAUGAUGAUGGGGGCUAUUCAGGGGCCGGCGGAGGCGCUCAUGCUGCACCUGCUUCUAUGGGGCCGCGAGACGCGGUUGUGGACGCUCAUCCGCAAGAACCUGCGCAGUCACCGCGACCGCAACUCCAAGGCGUACAUGAUGUUCCUGCUGAGCGUGGCGUGCCUCGUCGCAUCCGGCAUAAUGUUCAGCAUGCUGUCUACCGUCUCCUCUCAGCUGGCGGAGCUGACGACCGGUGCGCCGGUGACAGUGACCUCAAAAUCUUUCUCGAACCCGCUGGACCAGGCGGACAUCGACGCGUUCAUGCAGGGUGAGGGCCGCCUCUACGCCACGCAGUGGGCCUACACCUCCUUCGCGCUGCUCGAGUACCCGCAGAUUUCCGGCAACACGCAGGUCGCCAGCCUCAUCGGCAACUUCAAAACCCUCGGCGUACGGGCGGUGACGGAAUUUUUCAUGGACGCCACCUACCCAGAUUUCAACAUGGUCAACAGCUACAGCAGCGACUACCAGUACCCGAUCAACACCUUCGGCCAGCGAGACGUUAUCCGCAGCAUGUAUGAGGACCCACCGCAGCGCAACGUGAGCAGCGAUCACGGCAUCAUUGUCACUGGUUUCCCUUCAGGGGUGAAGAUCCCCAACGUGAUGGCCAAGGAGUCGCAGGUCAUCCCAAUGAUUCUCUCCUCUGCUGCUCAGGACCAGAUUGGGCUGGAUGUGAAUUCCACGGCCCAGCUGCGCUUCAGCUAUUUCCUGAACGACAGCCUCCAACCAAAGUCCACCAUCUUCUACCUCGAGCCGCGCGCCUUAAUGGACCGCAUCUCCGGCUUCUUCGCGGUCUCCUCGCUGCCGGUGCUCUUCAACAAGGGUACCAUUCUAAUCCCAACCAAGUACUUCCAGCGCCUGCUCGACCCGGCGGAGCUCGACUUCGACCCGACGCAGAGGGUCUCUAUCAUGAAUGGCUCCGUCCUGGAGGUGCGCCAGGAAGUGCUGUACGUGCAGCUCCGCAGCAACGUCACGAAGCGCGAUCGUGAGAUAUUUGUGAACGCGCUCCAGGCACACACUAAUACGCUCUACCACGUAACGGCCGACACCGUGGCCACUGUGGAGCAGCUGCGCUCUGUGCAGGACCUGAUUAUGGGCUUCUUCUACUUCACCUCGGUCAUCUGCAUCAUUCUCUGUGCCUUCAUGAUGUGGGCUACAUUCAUCUCGAACGUGCAGCUCAACGCGUGGACGUUUGGUGUGCUGCGCUCACUCGGCUUCCGCACCGCGCAGCUCAUACGCUGCGCAAUCUACGAGGCCCUCUGCCUUGUCCUUUCCGCAUUUGUCUUAGGGCUGAUGGUAGGCUGUGUGGUUGGUGCGAUCAUGGCUGUUGAGCUGAGCCAGAUCAUGAUUAUUCCGCUUCGCUUUAAUUUCCCGUACGUACUGGUGCUCAUUGUGUUCGGCAUGGCAGUCGUGGCCGCCGUCGUUGGCUCGAUUGUACCGUUUCUGAGUCUGUGCAAGAAGCCCAUCUCCUUUGUCCUGCGAGGCGUCUAG